UUUAAAACUCGUUUCAAUUUGCAAGAGGCACCUUUUGCUUUCCUACCUCAACGCGUUCGGUGUUCCUGCAUUUGGAAACAACGUCGCAUAAACUUGCAGUAAGAGAAAGUUGUAAGAAGUUUGCUAAGAUAUGGAGAAUGGUUUAGAUGGUCGACUUUUCCCAGUUAAUCUCACUGAUGAUCCAAACAAAGCCGAUUACGACUGCAUCGUUUUCGUUAGCGAAAAUUUGGAUUUUGCUGAUGCACAACUGCAAUUCUUGAAAACCCCUCUUCAAGAAAGAAAAGCGAAUGACUCUGGCUUUGAAAAGGAAAUCAGUUUCAUUGAUAUCAAUUGCAAUGUCAAGCGUCUGGUUUACGCACCAACAGGACCUGUUAACCGUGAUUACGAUGAUCCAAGACGAUACUAUGAUGCUGCUUGCAAUGGAAUGAAGAGAGCCGUCAAGGCAGGAGCAAAGAAACCUGUUUUGGCCAUCCCAUCCAAAACGUCGUUUGAACAGGCUUGGUCAGUGUCGGCAUUUGGGGCUCUUCAUGCAUUGUACACGCCUAUCGAAGUCGCAGUUUUUGAUCAAACAAAAGCGAAGAAAGUUGAGUUCCUGGCGAUUUUCUAUUCAGGAGAAAGUGGGGAAAAUCUCUUGAACUAUGUGAAAGCUGUGGAAAUUGGAAGAACGGUUUGUCGUGACAUCGCUGCUUCUGAUCCGGAGUUCUCGUGUACCAGCGAGGUGGAGAAAUACGUGGAGAAGGUUCUUGGAAAUGAACCUCAUAUUAAGAUGACUGUCACCAGGGGCACUGAAACUCUUAAGAAAGAGUACCCGUUAUUAGCGGCUGUGGAUCGCGCAGCUCAUGUAACUGAACGUCACCAGGGACGUGUUAUCAACUUUGAGUACAAUCCUCCUCAGGCGGACGAAAUCACAGAUACUUUGAUGUUGGUUGGCAAGGGUGUUGCGUACGAUACAGGCGGAGCUGACAUCAAAACAGGCGGCAAUAUGCCUGGUAUGAACAGGGAUAAGUCUGGAGCAGCUGCUGUUGCUGGAUUCUUCAAGAUUUUGUCCAUUCUUAAACCAGCUGGAAUCCGAGUUCGCGGAACAAUGGCAAUGGUCCGUAACAGUGUUGGAGCAGACAUGUACGUUGGUGAUGAAAUUAUCACAGCUGCUUCUGGUGUGAGGAUUCGAGUGAACAACACUGACGCUGAGGGAAGAUUUGCGAUGGGAGAUUGCCUUUACUACAUGAAACAAGAGGCUAUUGGAAAAGUUAACCCACAGAUUUACACAUUUGCUACUCUGACUGGUCACUGCAUCAGGACCUAUGGUACUCAGUAUUCUGGUAUCAUGGAAAAUGGACCGGCUAAGAAGAAAAACCUUUGCCAGUUUCUCCAAGCAGCUGGAGAUGCCUAUGCUGAGCCGUGUGAAAUCUCCACGAUGCGUCGCGAGGACUUUGAUGCAAGCGCGUCCAAAACGGAGUACGAAGAUUUCUAUCAAAUAGACAAAACAAGCGGGAAUCGCGGGCAUCAGUAUGCUGGCGUUUUCUUGCAACGGGCGUCUGGUUUGGAUAAGCAUGGUUUGGACUCAGAAACACAGCUGCCAUAUGUCCAUAUUGAUAUUGCUGGUUCCAGUGGAAUUUAUCCCGAUAUGCCCACUGCUACCCCACUGUUGGGUAUGUCUGCCCAGUACUUGCGUAGACGAUCAUGGCAAAUCAAGAAAUAAACACAAGAACAAUGUAAAACAUUGAAAAAAGUGUGUGAUGAAUAGUUGGAUUUCGGUUAAAACUGAAUCAUUUAGAUGUGUAAUUGUUUGCAAGAGGACGAGGUCCGUCUUCGAUCUCAUCUUCAAUAAUAACAAUAAACACAACUUCAAAGAGAA